AUGCAUUACCUUUACACGAUUGCCGGCCUCGCCGCCCUCCUCAGCUCCGCUCAAGCUGUCCCGACCCAGCACUCCACCAACGCCAAUCUGGAGCGCGAAGUUGCAGCCCAGUCCAAGGGCGUCAAGCUCUACGCCAAGGGAUACUCGUCCGCGGACAGAUACUAUCUGAACUACCAGCGCAUCUCGCAGGGUGUCAACAUUGCCGUUGUCACCGCCGGCAAGGACAAGGCGCCCGUUUUCUGGGAGGACAACAUCUACAAGACGGGCAUCUUCACCGACAUCCCGGGUGUCUACCCGCUGGGGAUCACUGUGCAGCCCGUGACCGAGUUCGACAGCCAGUACCCUGCCGAGCACGACGUCAGCAUCAACGUGGGCCAGUCCUCCUGGCUGGCCCUCGACCCGGGCUACCUCAGCGGGCCUUACGCGCCUCCCCGUCCCGAUCCGGAGGCGCAGUACCUGGUCUGCGACAGAGACGUGGCCCUCGGCGGGGCGGGCAAGGUCCCGCUCAAGGUCGUCCGGCUCAAGUACACAGGCGAGUCUGUACCCGCGGGUUGCGCCGUCGUCGAGUUCACGCCCGAGUGCGCCGUACUCGAGGACUUGCCCGCCGGAAGCAGCUGGAACCAUGACCAUGCGGUCACUCUGACUUGCAGCCCUUUGUGA